CUCCUGCCUGCCCACUCAUAAAGAAAAUCUCUACAUAAACAAAAGUCUCUCUCAAAUCUCUCACCUUUUUUGUUGCUUAUUUCAACAAAACCCAUUAAACCAAUAUAAAAACCGUGAACUUUCUCUCUCUUUCUCUCUCUCUCUCUCGCUUUUUCUUCUUCUUUUCUCUCCAACCAAUCACCAUUUUAAAACCCUAAUUUCCUCUCCAUUUCACUCCGAUCCUCCAUUUCUCUCUCUAUCUCUUUAGGUCUUCUUCCAUGGACUCCGAGGACGAUAUGCACGACGCCAACGAUGUGGAGUCCGUAGAUGACGAGUUCUACAGUGGCGAGGCGGAGGAGGCUCCCAUGGAUUACUAUUGCGGCGAGUAUGAUAAUAUCGACGAGGACGUCGAGCUUGAAUGCGAGGAAGAUGAGGAUGAUGACGAUGAUGAUGCCAAUUUCGACUUUGUUGAGGACGAUGCUGAUGAUUCCAUUGAUUUCGAGUCUCGUCGUGCUGAGCAAAACUUUACCAUCUUAAGGGAAUUUGAUAUACGGCAACGUCAGGAGGAUGAUAUCACAAGAGUAUCUACUGUUCUUUCCAUAUCUCGAGUUGCUUCUAGCAUCUUACUCCGCCACUUUAAUUGGAGUGUUAGUAAAGUACAUGAUGCAUGGUUUGCUGAUGAAGAUCGAGUUCGUAAAACCGUUGGGUUGUUGGAGGAGCCAAUUGUUCGAUUACCCAAUGCUAGAGAACUUACUUGUGGGAUUUGUUUUGACACCUUUCCUCGUGACAGUAUUAAAUCAGCUGCUUGUGGUCAUCCUUUUUGUAGUACAUGCUGGGAAGGGUACAUCAGCACUUCCAUUAAUGAUGGUCCUGGAUGUUUGAUGCUGAGAUGUCCUGAUCCAUCUUGUGGUGCAGCAGUUGGUCAAGAUAUGAUUAAUUCAUUGGCAUCUAAUGAAGAUAAGGAGAAGUACUGCCGUUACCUUCUUAGGUCUUAUAUCGAAGACAGUAAGAAGACCAAGUGGUGUCCUGCUCCAGGUUGCGAGUAUGCAGUUAAUUUUGAGGCUGGCAAUGGGAAUUAUGAUGUUAUUUGUUUCUGCUCAUAUGGCUUUUGCUGGAAUUGCACAGAGGAAGCUCACCGGCCGGUGGACUGUGGUACAGUUGCAAAGUGGAUUUUGAAGAAUAGUGCUGAGUCUGAAAACAUGAACUGGAUACUAGCUAAUUCUAAGCCAUGUCCAAAAUGCAAGAGGCCAAUUGAAAAGAACCAAGGAUGCAUGCAUAUGACAUGCACACCUCCCUGUAAAUUUGAAUUUUGCUGGCUAUGCCUAGGUGCAUGGGCUGAUCAUGGUGAGAGGACAGGUGGUUUCUAUGCUUGUAACCGUUAUGAGGUUGCUAAGCAAGAGGGAGUGUAUGAUGAGGCUGAGAGAAGAAGAGAAAUGGCAAAGAAUUCUUUGGAGAGAUACACCCAUUAUUAUGAACGUUGGGCAAGCAAUCAAUCGUCGAGGCAAAAAGCUUUGGCGGAUUUACAUCAAAUGCAAACUGUGCAUCUUGAGAAGCUUAGUGAUCUACAGUGUACACCUGAGUCUCAGCUCAAGUUCAUUAUAGAGGCCUGGAUGCAGAUAGUUGAAUGUAGGCGAGUGCUGAAAUGGACCUAUGCAUAUGGGUUCUACCUACCUGAGAUUGAGCAUGGUAAAAAGCAGUUUUUUGAGUACUUGCAAGGUGAGGCAGAGUCUGGUCUGGAAAGGCUUCAUCAAUGUGCAGAAAAGGAACUACAACAGUUCCUCAAUGCUGACGGCAAACCAUCAGCCGAUUUUAAUGACUUCCGUACAAAGCUAGCUGGACUUACGAGUGUGACUAGGAAUUACUUUGAGAAUCUAGUUAGGGCAUUAGAGAAUGGUUUGUCAGAUGUGGACAGCAAUGGUGCUUGCAGCAAGACAAGCACAAAAAAUGUAGGAGGGAGCAGUAAGGGUCGAGGUGGAAGGGGAAAGGGAACUACUCGAGCUGGUGGUUCUAUCAAAAGUGCUGAUGAUACCCUUUAUUGGUCUUGUGAGCAAUGUACUUAUGCCAAUGUCAAGUCUGCCACCAGAUGCGAGAUGUGCAACCAGCAGCGCCGGUGAAAAAUCUAAUCCAAAUUAGUAAAGACAAGAUGGAGAACAUAAACCUUAAACUCAAGAAGAACAAAAGCUUGAUUUGAGGGUGAUACCUAGUCUAAAGGUUUUUGUGGCUCCUCUUUUGCCAAGGCUGCUGAACGUUUGUGGAAAAAAAGAAAGUAGAAAUGGAAGAACUCUUUGAAGAAAGGGCAGCCUCUUUGGUGUCGAGUGUGUAGCAGGAAACACUAUAAUGUAUUGGUUCUGUUAUGUAUAUAGUGCUCUCUCUCUAUAAAUAUAAAUAUUAAAAUAUUGGGGUUCUGCAACUUGCUUUUGUUGCUGAUUUACGUGUAUUACAUCCGCACUGGGUAAAGUGAAUGCAAAUGAUAUCUUAUGUUCUAAAA